UAUACAAAGGGAUAUUCAGUAAAAAAAGUACACUCACGAAGCGAUUAAUUGCCGAAGCCGAACGCAUAACCUGACCGGAAAAAGUUUAGUUGUUGUCCGGAAUUUGGAUCAAUGGCGGCGACGGUGAGUAUGAGGAAGAUUUUGACGGCAUCAGCAGCUAUGGUCUGCGCCGUAGCCAUAGCGUCUCUAUGCAGGGCCUCAUCUUCCCCAGAAUCAUUCAUCAAAAACGCCAUCGCCUCUCAUCAGAUCGUCAUUUUCUCUAAGUCCUAUUGCCCGUAUUGUAGAAGGGCAAAAGCUGUUUUCAAGGAAUUGAACAAAGUUCCUCAUGUUGUUGAGCUGGAUCAAAGAGAUGAUGGCAGUGCCCUUCAAAAUGCUCUAAGUGUACUCUUUGGAAGGCGGACUGUACCUCAAGUGUUCAUAGAUGGAAAACACAUUGGUGGAUCAGAUGAUACUGUCGAAGCAUAUGAGAGUGGGGAGUUGAGUAAACUACUAGGCAUCAAGGAAGACCACAAAGCCGAUCUUUCGCCGACGGGAGCAGCCUUAUCGAGAAAACCUUUGUUGCAGCCGGGAAAUCGUAUUGUAUCAAUGGCAGCCACGGUGGUGACAAUGAGGAUGAGGAUGAUACCCACGGUACGCGCCAUGGCUUCAUCUUCACCUGAAUCACUCUUCGUCAAGAAAACCAUCGCCUCCCACCAGACUGUCAUCUUCUCCAAAUCCUAUUGCCCGUAUUGUGAAACGGCAAAAGCCGUUUUCAAGGAUUUGAACAAAGUUCCUCAUGUUGUUGAGUUGGAUCAGAGGGAUGAUGGGAGUGCCAUUCAAGAUGCUUUAAGUGCACUUGUCGGAAGGCACACUGUACCUCAAGUUUUUAUCGAUGGAAAACACAUAGGUGGAUCAGAUGAUACUGUUGAAGCAUAUGAGAGUGGAGAAUUGAGUAAACUCCUGGGUAUUGAGGAAUAGGAUAAGGUGAUUCAUCUCUAAAAUCGUACCUUCAAUUCUAAGCAGAUAUCUUUGCACAUACAGAUUGUAUUUUUGCUUGAAUCAACUGCUUAUUAAUUAUAUUCUUCAAUGCGAGGAUAAAUUGACCACUAUAUGAUAUUAUUUUGUCCCGAUGAAAAAUUAUUUAAUGAAGUUGUUAUAGGUGUGGAUUAAAAUAUCUACAUCUUUUUAGGGAA